CUCCUUCUCAGCAGACUCGUCCUCGUAACAUACAAUAUUCUCCAGCAUGGGUAGCAAACGCAAGAGAGGAGCUCAGGAUGCCUCUUCAGCAGCUCCUGCUGCAAAAAAGCACCAGAAUAAGUCCAAAAACGCCAUCACCAAAACCGCAACCUCUCCACCCCCACUCGACUCUUCUCCGUUCGAAGACAACCCCAAAGGCGUUUUGAAUCCUAGAGAAAGCCAACUCUACGAACUCCUCUCAAGCGAAAAUAGUGCGGAACGACUCAAUGCAGCCAAUGCGAUUGUGUCCGGUCUUCUCGGUGGGGAUGGCGUACCUGAAUUGACAUUGCAACGACAUCUACAAAGAAAUCUAUUCCGAGGACUAGCAAGUGGCAGAAAGGGCGCCAGACUGGGAAGGGGUGUUGUAUUGACGGAAAUACUGAGGCAAUUGUUUGGCACAGAAAAGCUCGUGCAGAAAAAAUAUCCUGGCUUGACAUUCGACAAAGUUCUAGGAUUUCUGCUCGCGGGGACGAAACCAGAAGGAGAUACCAGCGGACAAGAGGAGAAGGAUCAUUUCCUUGGCUUGCUGUUUGGAUUACAAAGUUUCGUGCGGGCGAAGAUAAUUUCCGAAGAGAGUGAGGCCUGGAACACUAUAUUGGAGAAGCUGCUGGAGUUGGCGAAGAAGAAGCCAUGGAUCCGAGAAGAAUGUGGCUGGGUUAUCAUGGAGGCGCUGCCUCAAAUGAACCAGACUCAGGCAGAAUAUACGCUGGACAAGCUUUACGAUGAGGGAUUAGCCAUAACACCAGAGGGGGUGGGGAUCUGGAUCACGGCAAAGGAUCGAUUCCCGAACAUGAAGUUUUCAAGUAAACCGUGGGGCAAAACUGGCAACCCGUUGGAUCGCCUUCAGACUCUCGCCAAGGCAUUAAAGGAAAGCUCUUCAAAUGAUGAUGGCGAGACGAAGAUUCAGCAAGCCAAACAUUCGGGAGUUUGGAAUCCUCAAUUGCAUUUCGUCUGGAAUACUGUAUUGGCACGGUUUGCCAAUACCCAGAAGACAAAGGAGGGCGGUGUUCUGUCGGAUUUUGAGAAUUUCUGGAAAGUUGCUGUCGAUGAAAACUUGUUUUCCAGUUCAGCAUCCAGCGAGCGCAAAUUUUGGGGAUUCCUCCUCUUCCAAAAGGUGCUACAGGAUCCUGGUUCAUACUUUAAGUUCUUUCCAAGUAUAUUCAGUCGUAAUCUUGUUCGUUGCCUCAUCAAUCAGAUCCAGGAAAAGGAUCGAUUUUUAAAUCGAGCAGCGGACAAGUCGUUGAAGGUGCUCCUUCAGACCGUGGAAGCCCAUCCCUACACUCUCCCAACUAUCCUCUCUCGUCUGAUCGGAGGAUAUGGAUCCUACAAUUUUGACAGAGUGACCAAGACCAAGACUAUCGAUCAGCUUUUGAGCAGGAUUAACGAAACGACUGUCAAAGAGGUGAUAGAUACUCUCCGGGACCCGGCUCUGAAUGUUGAGAGGAUGGACACAUCAGAUGAAGCGAACAUGCGUAGAACGCUAUUUGGUGACUAUACACUUGACAUUAUUCGGCGACUUAAUGCAACAGAUGAGGCUCAAAGCUCAGGUUGGAUCGGCGAGGCCGGUCUCCCCAUGCUUGCAAACAUUGCAUACACUAAUACGUACGCUUGUACACCACCUCUUUCUGAGAAAACUCGGGUUCUUUUCCGGGAUCGUCUGAUGUCGGCAUUCACCCAUCUCUUAUCCGACUUGAAAGCCUUUCAUUAUCCCUGCGAUUUACUGCAAAAGUUCGCACCCGAUGCUGUAGCGAUGGACAAAGAUGUCACCGAUGCGAAAGACAAUGCACUUUCUAUCAUGAAGAAGCUGUUGAAGCAGGCGAAAAAGGCGGAGGAUCGACGAAAGGCACCCCUUCAAGCCCUGGCUCUAGUCUACUCUCUGGUCAUCUUUCAACUCUAUAAUGGCGAGUCCGAUGCCAUAUCUGUCCUGGAAGAGUUAAAAUUAUGCUAUGACAAGUUAAUUCGACACAAAGACACCGAUGACUCGGACGUGGAAGCAUCUGAAGUCUUGGUCGAGCUUCUGUUAUCUUUUAUUUCCAAACCAUCUGCUCUACUUCGAAAAGUCGCACAGCAUGUCAUCACUGCUUUCAUGGAUGUUAUCACAGCCGGUGGGUUGAAGCUCAUGACGGAUGUGCUGGAGUCAAGUGAGAGUUUGAAAGGACAACAAGAGAUGUUCGAUCAGGAGCCCGAGAAUGGGGAAGAAAUGGAUGUUGACGAAGAUGAGGAGAUGGACUCGGAUGUCGAAGUCGUCGACAUGGACGGCGAAGAAGGCCAUCUGAACGGACAUCUAGACGAAGAGGAGGAAGAAGGCGAAGACAGUGCUUCAGAAUCUGACGAUUCCUCCCCUGAGGAUGACGCGGAAGCUGAAGCGCUCAAUGAAGAGCUCGCCAAAAUCCUCGGCACGCAGGGUCUUGACAAAGAUGCAGAAGCUGCCGAAGACAGCGAUGCCGACAUGACGGACUCUGAAAUGAUGGCGCUCGACGCCAAGCUCGUCGAGGUCUUCUCGCAGCGCAAAAAGGCGCCCAACAAGAAACAGGAACAGAAAGAAGCCCGCGAGACAAUGAUAAAUUUCAAAUCCCGCGUUCUCGACCUCCUCGAGAUCUACGCUAAGAAACAAGCCACCAAUCCCCUAGCCUUCGGUCUCCUACUCCCUCUCCUCCAGUUGAUACGCACCACAACCACCAAAGCGCUCGCCACAAAAGCCCAUUCCAUCAUCCAAGUCUUCGCCAAAUCCUUCCGGCGGACCAAAAAGGCCGACGAUCCCUCCUCAUCUUCUCCAACCCCAUCCAAAGACCUCAACAUCCCCGCCCAACUCGCUCUCCUGAAAGCCAUCCACCUCGAAGCCUCCAAGAACCCCUCCCACGCUUUCGCCAAAGCCGCAAGCACCGCGAGUCUCCUCGUAGCUUCCAGCUUGUAUAACGUCGACAAGGCAACCGUCGCGCAGAUCGCAGACGUCUAUAGGGAUACCCAGGUCGCGUGGGUGCAGCGCGAGGUCCGCAUCCAGGCCGCCUUCUUUAUUGAGUGGGUUAAUUGGUGUCAGAGUCAUGCUGCUGCGUAGUCGGAUAUCUCUAUCUUGUUAGCCGUCCUCGAAUGUAUCUAUACAUCAAAUCAUGUUCUGCGCCUCCUCGCUUGGGAAACUCUGUCAGCAUAUAGAUGAUAGAUAGAUAGAU